AUGAACAUCUUCAGGCUCGCCGGUGACAUGACCCAUCUUCUCAGCAUUCUCGUCCUCCUCCUCAAAAUCUAUGCCACCAAAUCUUGCUCAGGGGUUUCUCGCAAGACUCAAGAACUGUACGCGAUUGUGUUCGUGGCGCGUUAUUUGGAUCUGUUCACGGACUUCAUCUCCGUGUACAACUCCAUCAUGAAGGUGGUGUUCAUUGCCAGCUCCUUAGCUAUUGUUUGGUGCAUGCGUUUCCACCCCAUGGUCCGGAGAAGUUACAACAGGGAACUCGACACUUUUCGCCAUUAUUUUCUUGUAGGGGGCAGCUUUGCUUUGGCACUCGUCUGGCACGAAAAGUUCACCGUACAAGAUGUUUUCUGGGCAUUUUCAAUAUACUUGGAAGCAGUCGCAAUAUUGCCCCAGUUGGUUUUGUUGCAAAGAAGUGGAAAUGUGGACAAUUUGACUGGGCAAUAUGUAUUCUUUCUUGGGUAUGGACACUUCUGUUGA